AUGGGGCUAAAGGAUUGCACCAAAUGGCAUCAGCAGCGGCAGCAGCAGCAGUACAGUGCAAUGGUAGAGGAACCAGAGCAAACAGUACAAAAACUUGCUCGUUUCAGGGUGCUACUAAACUUUUCACCUGGAACGAACACGAAUAGCAUUGUGGAAGCGGUGGAGAAGCUAGCAGAUUUCUAUAGCCUUUCAAAAACCGGUAUAACUGGUGAAGUAGUAUUAUGGAAACCUAUAUUGGUUCAACAAAAACCACGGAACGCAAUUGAGGCGUUAAGCCAUUGUGAUGAAGAUUUGUUACCCACUAUAUACAGUUUGUAUAAAAUAAUGGCUACCAUCCCGGUCACUACGUGUACGGCCGAAAGAUCGUUUUCUACUUUGAAGCUUUUAAAAACAUACCUGAGAAAUUCGACAUCCGAAGAACGGCUCAACGGAUUGGCUUUAAUGUUUAUUCAUGAAGAUAUUGAGGUCAAUGAAGACGAGGAUGGCUUGGCUAAACUGGGUGAGUCAAGAUCUACGGCUUUCCGACGUCUGAUGCUGCUCGAACGGCGACUGGCACGAGAUGAGGCGUUAAAGAAAGAGUACCAUACGUUUAUCUCCGAUUACAAGGAUCGUGGACAUUUAAGGAAGGUUGCUGAAGAACAUCCCGGGGCUAUUACUAGCUAUUAUCUUCCGCAUCACCCGGUAAUAAAGGAUUCAAGCACAACAACCCGCGUCAGAGUGGUUUUUGACGCAUCCAGCAAAUCAUCCACAGGAGUGGCUCUGAAUGACGUACUUCUGAAUGGGCCAGUUAUCCAGGAUGAUUUGCGCACAAUUAUCAUGCGAAGCCGACAGUAUCCAAUUAUUCUAAUCGCAGAUGUUGAGAAGAUGUUUCGGCAAAUUUUGAUGGAUCCCGAAGAUUUGUCGUUACAAAGGAUUCUUUGGCGCUUUUCACCAGACCAACCGGUAGAAACAUACGAAUUGUUGACCGUUACUUACGGUACGAAACCAGCUCCCUUCUUAGCCACCAGAACCUUGAAGCAGUUGUCUAUCGACGAAGCGGCCACCUUUCCUCUGGCGGCUGAACGGAUUGCUAAGGACGUCUACAUGGAUGAUGUUAUCACUGGAGCAAACGACGUGGAGGAGGCAAAGAUCAUCCGAAGUGAACUUGAUGGAUUGCUGCGAACGGGAGGAUUUCGGUUACGCAAAUGGAUUUCGAACAAUGAAGACGCUCUUGUAGGUGUCGCUGAAGAUAAUCUGGCUCUUCCUUUCGAGAACGAUGUCGAUUUUGAUGCCGAACGAACGGUGAAAACUUUGGGUUUGGUUUGGGAGCCUCGUACGGAUACAUUCAGAUUUAAGAUCCAAUUCGAGGAGGUUCAGUCGGUUGCGCUAACUAAACGGAAGGUGCUUUCCUGUAUCGCGAAGGUGUUUGAUCCAUUGGGGCUAGUCGGACCCGUCGUAACGAAGGCGAAGAUGUUUAUGCAGCAAAUUUGGGAGCUUAAGGAUACAGCACAUAAGGCAUUAGGCUGGGACGAUAAUCUGCCGUCAUCGUUAGUAGACUCUUGGAUGGAUUUCAAUGCUCAAUUCCCCAAUUUAAAUGAAAUUCGUAUUCCUCGAUUCGUUGUCUGUCCCAAUGCGAUUUCGUUUCAACUACACUCAUUCUCGGAUGCAUCGGAAAAGGCGUACGGUGCCUGCAGUUAUUUGCGUUCUGAAGACAGCAAAGGACAAGUCACGGCGUCGCUCAUCUCGUCCAAAUCUCGAGUUGCACCACUCAAGCGUCAGACGAUUCCCCGGUUAGAGCUGUGUGGAGCACAGCUGGCGGUAGAACUGCAUCAGAAGGUGACGAAGUCUCUCAACCUGACAUGUGAAUCGUUUUUUUGGACGGAUUCCAAAACGGUUCUACAAUGGCUCGCACAGCCACCGAAUGCCUGGACGACGUUUGUAGCACAUCGCGUCUCAUUCAUUCAACACUCUACCCAGAACUGUCAUUGGAGGCAUGUACCAGGGAUUCAGAAUCCAGCGGAUCAACUCUCCCGUGGGUUUGAUCCAGGCCAAAUGAUUGUAGAUUCAGCAUGGUGGGAUGGUCCAUUAUGGCUGGUCGCAGAUUGGAAUUCAUGGCCAACGCAAUUAGGAACUCUACCAGAAUCAGAUACACAUGAAAUGGAGAGAAGGAAAACUGUCGUAGCUGUGGUGGUUCCUGUGAAAACGUUCAACGAUUGGUAUUUUGAGCAGUUUUCUGAAUAUACAAAACUCAUCCGUGUUACAGCAUAUUGCCGGAGAUAUUUAAGAAACCUUCGCACGGGAGCAGAGAAAAGAUUACGGUCUUUACCACUUACCACCCAGGAACUAAGCGAAGCAGAAAUGUGUCUCGUUCAGCUGGUCCAGCAGGAGGCCUUUCCCAAGGAGCUCAAGGCACUUUUCGCAAACGAACCGGUUCACCGAGGAUCCAAACUUCGCUGGUUCAACCCAGUGCUUACCAAGGAGGGAAUCAUUCGAAUUGGAGGUCGAUUGGCGAAUUCUAGCAUUCCCGAAGAAACUAAACAUCCUAUGGUCAUUCCAGGAAACCAUAAAUUCUCAAAGCUUCUCGCCAGCAGCUAUCACAAAACACUCUUGCAUGCGGGUCCUCAACUCCUGUUGAACUCAAUUCGAUUACGUUUUUGGCCACUUGGAGGGCGAAAUCUAUGCCGUUUAACAACUCAUCGUUGUCUAAUGUGUUACCGAGCUAAACCGAAACUUCAACAACAAUUCAUGGCUCAAUUACCUGCACCAAGAAUCACCGCAGCUCGUCCAUUCACUACAACAGGCGUCGAUUAUUUUGGUCCUGUAUAUAUUCGCCAAGGCUACCGGAAGGGAUCAACGAAGGCUUACGUAGCGGUGUUUAUCUGCUUCUGUACGAAGGCAGUACAUUUAGAGCUGGUUUCCGACUUGUCUACUGCAAGGUUCAUCCAAGCUCUACGAAGGUUUACAGCACGGAGAGGAAAAUGUUCGGAUAUUUAUUCCGACAAUGGAACCAACUUUGUCGGUUCACGCAACAGUAUAGCAGAACUCCUUCGUAACUUAAGAGACCGCAACCACCACGAAGCAAUUCAGAAAGAGUGCAGCAACAAUGGCAUCACAUGGCACUUUAACCCCCCUGCCGCCCCUCACUUCAGCGGACUAUGGGAAGCCGCAGUACGCUCCGCUAAGAAACACUUGCUCCGUGUCUUAGGCAAUUCCUCCGUCUCUUAUGAAGAUUUUACAACCCUCCUAGCCCAAGUAGAAGGUUGUCUUAAUUCCAGGCCCCUCACACAGCUUUCGGACGACCCCACAGAUCUCCAACCGCUCACACCAGCUCACUUUCUUGUUGGAUCAUCGCUACAAGCACUUCCCGACAAGAACUAUAACAGUGUUCCAGCCAACCGGCUCUCACACUGGCAGCUAAUCCAGCAACAGCUUCAACACUUUUGGCGCAGAUGGUAUACCGAAUAUCUGUCGCAGCUUCAGGCACGAGUGAAGAAUUGGCAGCCAGCAGUCAAUAUCGAGCCCGGCAGACUUGUCAUCAUUGUCGAUGAAAACCAACCACCGAUGAAAUGGAAAUUGGCACGGAUUCACCAAAUACAUCCAGGCGACGGCGGUGUAGUUCGAGUCGUCACUCUACGAACUUCGACUGGUUACCUGACGCGACCGGUGACCAAAAUAUGUCUGCUACCACUACCGUCAGCAGAUGAGGAGAAAACUAGUAAUCAGCCGUAA